AUGUCACUCCGCGACAUGUAUGCGGCCUUCCUGGCCAAUCCGUCCACGGGCGCAUUGGCUGCCAAUGCCACGCUCCACUACAUCACCACCCUCACCAGCAUAAGCGACGCGACGGCCAUCAUCAAGCACCUGUCCGUCCAGGAGAAGCUGCUGAAGAAGAAGAGCGAGAAGAUUCUCGAUGCCAUUGCGGGCCAGCAUGCGCUCAGCAUCGACGUAGACACGACCAUCGAGUUCCAGAACGGCGGCGGCGCCUACCUGCCAGGCCUGGACGACAACUUUGUGUCGGACCGGACCGUCACUUUCCCAAUGAUCCACAAGGUGCACUUUGACGGCGCGGGCAAGAUCACCCGAAUCCGCCUCUACUGGGACCAGGGCGCACUACUCAAGCAGAUCGAUGUCAUCGGCGCGCGCUCGCGCAACUGGCCGAUUCGCGAGAGCCAGGAGCAGUCCAAGCUGAUUGCUUCCACCGCUGCCGCCGUUGCACAGCCAGACUCGGAGCCAGCCUCGCGCCGCUCCACCACCUCGCGCGGCGCAGAUGAGGUCUCGAUUGCCUCGCGCUCGCGUGGAUCCACCAACAAUGCGAUGAACGACCCGCAUGCCUCCCUCUCCCUGUUCCAGAACCGAAGCAUCGACGAAGACGACGAAUCGCAAGACUCCAGGCCGAUAGCACCGCGUGCCCAGUCAGCGAAGCCGCCUCCUCGCGAGUACUCGGAGCUGUUCGUCGGCGAGAACUCGGCCUCUCCGUCGCCGUCACCGCAGAAGAUCCCCGUCAAGGCAGGCAGUGGCAAGAACUACAAGGCCAGCCGUCUGUUCGAGGAGGACGAGGACGACGACACAGCAGCAGUCAAGGGCCCCGGCGUCAAGACGAACCCCAAGAAGUACGAGCACUUUACAUUCGGUGACGGCCCAGAGGAGGACUCUUCAAAGGUGCGGAGCACAGCGCGCGCUCAGUCCCAGUCCAAGGGCCAGGCCAACUGGAACUUUGAGGACUUUGCGACCCCAGCCAAGACCAAGACCAAGACGCAGCCCCAAGCCGUCCGGCACUUCGGUUGGAGCGACGAUGAGGUCGGUCCUUUCUAUCAGCCAGAGAUGCUUGAGGUUGCCUCCGUAUCUCUGCUCCCCCUCGAGACUUCCCCAGUCCGCCGCCCCGUUGUCCACAAGGCGCGCCCCGACGCGGACCCCCACUUUGAGUUUGUCGACGAUGGCACACCAGAAGGCCAGCGCAAGCUUGCCUCGACUAAGGGUCGCACUUCUAACAAGGGCAUGGGCUUGUACCAAGACCACGUCAUGGGCACCACCGCAGGUGACGCUGACGAUGCUCCGUAUGACGACGACCAGCGCCCCUUGAGCGAUGUCACGCACAACAUCAAGAACGAGAACCGCAAGAAGGACUUUGGUGCACACUGGGACAUGAAUGACGAGAGCCCCGCAGCCAAGAACGCGCCACCGAAAAAGCCAUCUGUCGACCACAAGGCUACCAAGACUAACUGGUCUCUCUACCAAAACUCUCCUGAGACUCGCGCUGGCAUCAACGUGGCCGGUAACGGGAUGGGAACUCGCAAGGGUGCCGAGUCAUUCUCACUCUUCGACGAGUCUCCUGGCAAGAAGGAGAACAACGCUACCAACAAGCAGGGCACCUCGCGUGGUAUUGUCACUCAAGGUGAUGGCAUGGGCGGCAAGAAGGGUACAGAAUCGUUCUGGGACUUCUAG